AUGAUAAGUACAUUCGAAACAUUACCAAAUGAAAUAUUGUUGAAUAUAUUUUGUUAUUUAUCAUGGGAUAAAAUAUUAAUAUCAUUAUGGUCAUUAAAUAGACGUAUUAAUUCUAUUAUUUAUUCAAUAUUUUCAAUAGAUAAAAAUGGACUUAUUUUUAAUCAACCAGAUUUAUCUUAUAAAAAAUUUUCAUCAAUAUUACAACCAUUAAUUUUAAAUUCAUCAUAUCUUUCUUCUUCAAUUAAAUAUAUUCAUUUUGAUGGAACUUAUUCAAAUUCUUAUAAUGUUAUUAAUCAAUGUCUUUAUUACAAUAAUGAUAAACAAAUUCUUUGUUUUCCUAAUCUCAAAUCACUUAAGAUUACUCGAUGUUUAUUAUCACGAUCAUUAAUUCAAACAUUAUCUUUACUUAUUCAAUAUCAAUUGGAACAAUUUACAUUAACAUUCGAUGAAGAUAUAGUGAAGUUGUUUGUAAAUUCAAACGAAAUAUGUAGAAAUGUUCCUCAUACAAGAAAAUCAAUAAUUAUGUUUAAAAAGCUGAUAUGUCAACUUUUCUCUGAUAAAUGUCAAUUGAUAUCUCUUCAACUUGAUAUUGCUGAUGAUAAUAAUCCUCUUAAUAUUCAUCAAUGUUUUACAUUGUGUUCUCAUCCUUCUUCAAGUUCAAUUUCUAAUAAAAUUCAAUAUUGUUGUUUGACACUUCGUUAUUUAUACGUUCGUCUUCAAUAUACGUCUUUUCUUGAACAUCUUAUUGAACAUAUACCAAAUAUUGAACGAUUAUCAGUCAUUUUUAAAAAUCGGAUGAAUCUCGAAUCUCGAUCGAGGUCAGAUAUUGAAACAUUAAUAAAAUCAAAUGGAAAUUGGUUUGAAAAGGUACCAAAACUGAACUAUUUUACUUUAAAAGUUUUCGUUCGUAAUGACUUUGAAUUUGCUUAUUUGAAAUGGAUUCUCAAUAAUUUAAAUCAUAUUGAAAAAUUUAAACUUCAUCUUCAGAUUCAUAAAAUGUAUUCAAAUAAAAUGGUUAAAGAAUAUGUUGUAGAUGCAAAUUUUAUUCAUCACUUUGAUCCAAAUAUUUUUACAUGGCCAUAUAUUACAAGUAUUUCGAUUGAUUUACAUCCGUUUUUGUAUUUAUUUCUUGAACAAUUUGAUAAAUUAUUUCCUAAUGUUUCUUAUAUUAAAGUUUAUGCAGAAUAUUAUAGAAAUAUUGGUCAGUUCGAGUUGCCAGAGUCAUUAACAAUACCAUUCGAAAAAGGACAAUGUAAAGUGACUGAUAUUCAAUUUCGAAAUGUGACAAGACUUGAUUUGGGAUUUUGUUUACCUGGUAUGAUUAACAGUUGUGAUACAUCAAUAGAAUUAAAUAAAGCACGUGCAAAAGUAUUUGCUCAUCUUAUUUCAAUGUCUGUUCAACUCAAAUAUCUUCUUGUUGAAAAUAUUGAGUGGCUUUUUCACGUUAUUCAAUAUGCAUCAAAUGAACUAAAAAGAAAUGCAUUGAAUACUAUUCAAUGUGCUGAAUUUGGUAUUCCUAGUUGUCAUUAUGGUUCGAAUGAUUCAAUUUAUAUUGGUAAAAAUCUUGUACCUUUUCUCAGUACUUAUAUGCCUCAAUUACAAACAUUGUAUCUUUGGCGACCAGAUGAUUUUCCUUGGACAUCUAUUCGACCAGAUAUUACACCAGGAUACUUUCAUCAUAUUGAUGUUUCACGAUGGAUAGAGUCUUUAGAAACAUCUGAAUCGAUUGCUAAACAUGUAAAUGUUUUUAAGAAAGAUCUUCGCCGAUUAACUCGAAAAUUAAAACAAUUUGUUUUUCUUGAUAUUCAUGGAAGAAUUGAUCCUGAAAAAAUCGAACCGUAUCGUUCUAUGGUUAAAAAAUGUUUUCGUCGUAGCAAAGUGGAUGUUAAAUUAACAAGAUUUCGUCUUUGGAUAUAA